AUGGGAACCACCAUGGAAGCGUUCACCUUCCCGACAGCACCCACGGUGCUUGCACUGCUAGCUGGGAUUGCUUUUCUAUAUCGGUUCUGGCCACACACUUCAACUUCAAGCUCUAAGCUAUUGGGUCUUAGGAAAUAUGAGACCCUCGAUACUAUCACAGAUGCCGCGGAAGAGGAAAAUCGUGGAGUCUCCAAAGAAUCAGAUUUCCCAGAAGGCUGGUGGGUGCACAAGGAUGUUUUCGAGCUCGAGAAGCGUGCAAUAUUUAGUAAGACAUGGCUGUGUCUCUCCCAUAGCAGUCGCUUUGCGAAGGCUGGUGACUAUCAAUCCUACGAGGUGGCUGGGUUUCCUAUCUUUCUGAUCUUAGGAAAAGAUGGGAAGAUCAGAGCUUUUCACAAUGUCUGUCGUCAUAGAGCAUACACAGUCACGAAGAAGGAAUGCGGGUCUUCUGCGGUGCUUGGUUGUCGUUAUCAUGGCUGGAGUUAUAACACCUACGGCGAGCUGACCAAGGCUCCUCAUUUCGAUGAUAUUCCCGGCUUUGACAGAUCACAGAACAGCCUAUUCGCCAUUCAUACGGUUACGAACGGAGCUGGCUUUGUGUUCGUUAACCUUGAGGCUAGCCCAAGGAUCUGGCCGGCCGAUACAGGUCUUUUAGAUGCCUUUGCGAACAACAAUAGACUGAGCUCUCAGUCUAUCUGGGUAGCAGGGCAAAUAAUCAAGGCAGAUUUCAACUGGAAAAUGGCGCUCAGGUCGAAGCAAUUGAUCGACAUCGUCGAAUUGGAAAAUACAAUUGGGCAUAAAAGAUAUAUACCCCAAGUGAGCAGUAUCUUGGACCGUGUUAGGGCGAAACCAGAGCACUUUUUGCUCUUCCCCAUUACCUCCUUUCACUCCAUCCAGAGAACUGGAUGGUGGUAUGUACUGAGCUUCUUACCAGUAUCUGAGCAGAAGACGGCAAUCCGAUACGAUCUGUACUGCUCGAAGGGUGUUAGUUCUCAUUCCCAGGUAGUCGCGGAUAAAUUGGGCGAACUUUUGGAGGAGAAAGCUCGAGAACUAGAAACAGAAUAUCAAGAGUAUGUUCUGGAACAGAGCGUCAGCCUAAAAUGCGUACUGACUACUGCCCGGACCUCAAGGAUAUUCGCAUCUGGGCCCCCAAGCCUUCACACUGAAGAGAUAGAACCUCAGAAGAAUAUUCUCGACUGCCUCGAAGCUCAUAUCAAGCUGGAAAAGGCACAGGGGACCGAAGUGUUUCCAGCGAGGAGAAAGCAAAGGGAGAAUUCCAGGUUUCAGCAAGCUGAACAACUCUGCAAGGAACUCGACUGUAAGAGCGAGCUCCGAGGAAAAGAUCUCGCAUGGUAA